UUUUUGCAGUUCGUGUCAGUUAGCCAAAAACAUAAGAGGCAGCUUAGCUUAGCGUGAACACCGACGUUAUUAGCUCCGUUCAGACAUACUGUGCUCAUGAAGAGGUCGUCCACUUCGUCGUCGUCUUCGUCACUGUCUCGGCCUCCGACUUCUUCCAGCACAUCUUGGUCCUCUGAGUCGGGGAAAGGAGGGGGACUGCGCUCCGAGCUGGUCGCCAUCUUCAAUCUUAUUAUAAAAAACACACACUCACACGCGCGCACACACACACGCGGGGAGGCAACAGUCAACUGAUCGUUGCUCGCUGCUUGCACAGACGGUCAGAUGCGUCUCGCGUGAAGCUAAAGCUCUGCAGGUCACCUGAAGAUCGGAGCUACAACUUAGCGCGAGCAGAGUGAGUGAGUGAGUGUGGAGCUCCAGGACGUGCAAACCGCCGCUGUCUUUUUUUUCUCCUUUCUCCCUCCUCCCUCCUUCCUCCUUUACUUCCUGGUUAGCUUCACUGGUAGCUAUAGCAGUCACGAGACAGAUGCAACAGUAUAACAUGGACCUGGACAGCGGUUGUGGUUUCAAUAUGUGCCCAUAUUAGAGACGCCCUGGGGUGGUGAUGUUUCGUCACGUGCAUAACGAAGACGCGGAGGCACGAGAGCCGCUUCUCACAGGUGUGACCUACCUGGAGCCUAACGAGAGGGACUUGGAUGAAGGAGAAAUCAUUUUCAACAGGAGCACGUCAAACAUCACAUGUGAUGCUGGCGGGAGCGCAGAAAGAAGAUUAACAUAUGAGGAAGCAGUCGAGGAAGCAGGGUUUGGAGCGUUCCACUGGCUGCUGUUGGUGGUGUGCGGUUGGGCCAAUGCCAGCGAUGCCGUGGAGAUCCUCUGCGUGUCUUUUCUGCUGCCAACAGCGCGCUGCGACCUGCUGCUGAGCUCUUCAGACAUGGGCCUGCUCACUGCCAGCAUAUUCCUCGGAAUGAUGGUGGGGGGCUACACGUGGGGAUACCUGGCGGACCAGAGGGGGCGGCGCAGGGUCCUGGUCGUGUCCCUGACAGUUAACGGGGUGUUUGGAGGUCUGGCCAGCGUGGCUCCGUGGUUCUGGCUCUUCCUGCUGCUGCGGUUCAUCAGCGGCAUCGGGGUCGGCGGGUCGAUCCCUGUUGUCUUCUCGUACUUCUCAGAGUUCAUGCCCCGACUGAGGAGAGGUGCAAUGAUCAGCGCUCUGGCCACCUUCUGGAUGACAGGAAACAUCCUGGCUGCAGGUCUGGCCUGGUUGGUGAUCCCAAGAACCUGGGCACAUUUCUCACUGGGGACCCUGGACUUCCAGAGCUGGAGACUGUUUGUGGUGCUCUGCUCUGUUCCCAGCCUCACCUCAGCCCUCCUCUUCCGGCUGCUCAUGCCCGAGAGCCCCAAGUUCCUCAUGGAGGCGGGCCGGGAAAAAGAGGCGAUCCGCGUCUUCCAAGUGAUGUUUAAGCUGAACAUGAGGGGAAAAGGAAAGGAUUUCCCGGAAUUUGGUCUAUGCAUCAGCUCCAAGCAAAGAGGGGAACAGGAAGAGACCAGAACCCGGGGCUCACGGAGAGAGAGACUGGCCUGUAUUGUGAAGAAGGUCUUGAUGCCGAUUAAACAGAUGUUUAAUGGGCCGCUCAAAUCCAGGAGCAUCGCUAUGCUCAUCGUCUUCUACUGCAUCUCCUUCGGUUACUACGGACUAUGGAUGUGGUUCCCGGAGCUGUUUGAAAGAAUGGAGAACGGCGGCUCGCCCUGCGCCAACAUGUCGCUCCCGUCUUCACUCAACAACCAAAGCUGCUGCCCGGUCAAGACGGCAGUGUAUAUGGAGGGCUUCAUCAUUGCUGCAUCAAACCUACCGGGAAACAUCUUCACCAUUGUCAUGAUAGACAGACUAGGAGGAAAGGCUCUACUGUCCUGCAGCCUGCUGCUGUCCAGUCUGAGCAUCUAUCUCAUCUAUGUGGUCCAGACCAAAAUUCAGAGUCUGGUCCUGUCCUGCAUCUUCAGCGGCGUGUCUGUGAUCAGCUGGAACGCCCUGGACGUGCUGGGAACGGAGCUCUACCCGACCCAGCUACGGUCCUCUGCUCUCGGUUUCUUCACCGGCGUGGGCCGAGUGGCGGCCAUCAUGGGUAACGUGGCCUUUGGCCGGUUGAUGGACACAAACUGUGCCGUGCCGGUCCUGCUGGUGUCGUUUCUGCUGCUGACCGGAGGCCUGGUGGCUCUUGUGCUUCCACAAACCAGGCAGACUGAGCUCACUUGAUCCCUUUCGGAUCUACAUGACAUUAUUUUUUUUCCGUACGGAUUAUGGAGAAUGAUUUGAGUAAAUAACACAAGACACAUGAGAAUGUAUCUAUUUUUUUUAUUUAUUUGUAUAAUAAAUAAACUUGUAAUACUUCAGGACCACAUUUCACAACCACACACCGUUUGAAUAAAACACUUUGGAUAUUUGAAAGCAGAUGCAGAUGUUUAAAAAAUAAAUAAAUAAAUAAAUAAUAUCGCAAGACAUGAAUUAAAUUAUUUUAUCCAACAGUUUCUGUGGAAGCAUUCUCUUUUUCAGUGGAUCUUUACAUUAGAAGUAUAAUUUCUUACUCUUUACAUUCUUCAUCAUGACUGUGAUGCAGUAACUACAAGUAUCAGGUCUGAGUGGUUUAACGGUAAACAACGCAACAGGUACAACAAAAAAAAAAAAAAGGCCGAAAUAAAAAGGUCCACUGCUGGUGACGCUCAGCUUUCUAUGACCAGGGCUGAAGUUAGACCGUAACGUACUCCUUUGGUAAAACACAUUCUCCAACAGUAAAACAAUAAAUAAAUACACCGAUAUUGUGUUAAAAGAUAAGAAACAUGCAGCCGCUGGACACAUGAGGGUCCACGACAACAAAAAAGAAGCCACAUGACCUCUGACCUGAAAACAAAACAGAAGGCAUGAAAACGGUCUCGCCUGACAAAUGACAUCAAGGUGAGACUUAACUUGAAAGUGUCCCACGUGAUCAUGAGCACCAUUAUAAUCUCUAGGUCUUACAAUUCAUCCUCAUGAACUAAACACUCGCCAUCACACAGUCGGGUGGAAAUCAGAUUUUAGUUUUCAUCUGACUGAGUUAGCUGAAGCUCGAGAAUUUGGUGACUAAUGUUAAACAGAUUUGUUUCAGUAACUACAUUAAAACGACCUUUAGAUCAGAAAUUUGUUCUCGGGCAAAUUUAUGAAUUUAUAAUUGCAUGCAAGACUUAAAUCUUUGUAUCUCGUAGCAGUCGCCCAAUACAAGAGGUUUUCUACUUAUUGUUGUCCAGUGUUUUAUUAUAAUGCACUUCAUGAUGUCAAGUCAAGUGUCAUUUUGAGUCAUUUUAAAAACAGCAAAUUAAAUGUUCAGUGUCAUCUCUCUCUCUCUCGCACACUCACACACCUUAUAGUACUGUAUUACAUGUUGCAAUACAUACAAUAACAUUUAUAAAUCUUCAGUUUCUAUAAAUGCCCCACUUAUUGUAAUGAACAUGUGCACUAUGACCGAGGCAGAUGCUGGAAAUGGCAGAAAUUGAGAUGAAGAUCCGUCUUUAUUCCCAGGAGCAGUUUUCAACUAACAAAGUUUAUUGUGCCAAAUUGGAAAGACUCAGUUACCGGUAGUUGUUGUCUCAGUGGAGCCUUCAUGCUUCAAAUAACUGGACAGGAAUAGAUUAUGCCGAUAGUCUGUUUCAUUGUGGUGACGUGUUUAGGGGGAAUUUAUUCCUACAGUAUAUAAAACAUUACUCAUGUUAUUUAAAUUAGUCUGAUUACUAAUAACUUAAGCUCAAACUGGUGGGACAGAUGUGUGAAUGCACUGUUUAAAGAAUUAGAAUUACUUACUUGGGGCACCUUAUUUCUAAAUAAAAUAAACUUCAUGGGUGAAACAAGAUUUAAAGAAAAAAAUUUAAUUAAGACUUCCUUUUGUUUUGGCGAAAGAAAUCCUAAAACACGAUUCACUAACUUUAUGUUUCAGGAACGUCAAGCUGCAUCUCAUGGCCUUCCUCAGCAGAUGGAAUUGUUAUCACAUGACCCAAGUAUGUAAGUGAGAUCACAUUAUUACAGGGGGUCAUACUUUGGGGUCUAUCAUUGGAUGUGAAAGGCCUCCUUUAUCGUCCUCGAGGAUUGGGAUCGUCUCACUGAUUCCCAGAGUCAAAACCAAACGGCAUUCAUUCACUUUUAUGCACAAAACUCCCAGAAAACUUGAGGUCUGAUCCAACUCUACAAACUUCUUUUACUUCAAGGCUUAAAACAUAAAACUGUCUUUUAUUAAAUUUGAGACUAUUGAUCUGAUCUUGAACUGCAGCUUUUAUUGUCCUGUUUAAUCUGUUUUAUUUAUUGUAUCUUAUUCCCACAAGUCCUCCAACCUAAACGAUUAUUUGUUCCUACGACCCACAGGAGCUUUUCCUAAAUUAUAGAGAUCAACCAGUCAUGCCGAAAUGUAACGGUCGCAAUUUUCAACACGUGGUUAAUGUUGUGAACUGUCUCAAUUUGGUUAGGUUUAGGCAGCAAAACGACUUGGUUAGGUUUCGGAAAAGAUUGUGGUUUGGGAUGAAAUACGCACGUUUGUUAAGUGACUCAUGUUGCGUAUAUAAGUUGACAUACGAUACGUGACGUACCAGAAAGGGUUACUGUAAACAAAACCCUGAUCUUUUACUAAACCUCACCAAGUAGGUUUGUUGCUUAAACCCAAGGAGAUUUCUUUUUCUUUACACUACGUCACCCGACUUCCUCCUGUCAUACUUACUACAGCCACUAGAGGGCGCUUAACAAUAAAUGUAAAUAUGGUCGUAAUAAGCUGCUGUCUCUUAUUUUUAUCUUCCAUUUUUCUAUUCUACUCGACUUAUUUUGUGUGUAUUUUUCCAUUUGUCUUAUGUUUCUUUUAUCUCUUGUCCUCAUAUCUUUUUAUGUCUUUUGUUAAUCACUUUGAAUUGCAAAUAAACUCGCCUUUCCUUCAUUCAGUCACUGCAUCCGCUGAGAGGAAGACCACAAGAUGUGGUUGAAAGCUUAGAAAACAUCGAGUAAGCCGACCUUGUGUUUU